UCAUAAUUUCCCUUGCAGUUGGUGACUUAUUUUCAGCAAAUAAUUGCUUCAUUAUUACUUCAACUUUGUGUUUGAAUAGUUGUCUUGGAUUUGAUCAUGCAAUUUUGUUUUUCCCAUGCUCGAUAUUUGGCUGCGAAACGAGCUGUAAUAGCAUUAUCUGUUAUUGUAUUGUUUUAUUUCAUAAUAAUUCAAUAUAAUUAUCUCCAUAUUGACAUUAAUUUAAAAAGUGCAGCGCACAUUCCUGAUGUUAAUGAAGCAAAAACAACAUUCAAAUUCACGCCAGCCUUUGAUGGUAAAUCGUUUCUUACAUCUGCUAUAUAUACUAAUUUAUCAAACUGUUUAAACCAUCAAGAUGUUAUUGUAAACGGCUGGGAAUAUAAUGUUAAAAACAAUAAUUUCAUUUGUUGCUUUCGUUUAAAGAAUGGAAAACCACUAGAUAUUACUUCGAAUCAGAAACUAUCCAGUAUAUAUGCACAUAUGCCACUUCGCAGAAUUCAGUAUAGAUGUCCAGUUCAAGUAGAGUUCAACUUGAUUGAAUAUGUAUCGAUUGUAAAUGAUAUGAAAGCUACAUGUCAAGAGGACAUAUCAUAUUAUGUAAAAGUAUCAUUACCACUGGCUUCACAAGAUUCCAGUAUAGCUAUAUGCUCUCUAAUAUCCUAUAGAUCACAAGAUGCUGCAAUAUUAGUUGAAUGGUUCGAAGCACAACGUUUACUUGGUGUAAAUAAGAUUGUAACGUACACACAAGAGCUUAACAGCGAUGCAUUGCGAGUGUUGGAUUAUUACGAGUCCAUAGGACUUGCUUAUGUAAUUCGAGAGUUUGAUAUGCCAGAAAAAGACAAACUUCCUAGAUUUCUUGGAGAACAGAAUGCAAGGCAAUGGACUGACAAAGAAGUUGUAUCUCUUGAUUGCAACGCACGACUUCUUGGAUUUAAGUAUGUCAUAAUGUGUGACAAAGAUGAAUUUGUGGUGCCGAAUUUCACGAAGUUUGGAUUUUCAUUACGGAAAGCACUAGAUCAAAUGUUUGACAUAAAAACAGCAGGAGUUCAGUUAAACCCAAAAGUACAUGUCACAACAUGGAUACCUGACAACCGAUCAAGUACCUUGUUUAUCAACAAAUACCUAAAUAGCACCACCUCAAUUGCUGACAGACAUAAAUACAUUUACAUGCCUCAGCGAACUGUUGUUGGAUCGACUACUAUUCACUCCUUUACCGCAUGCAGAGGCUAUAAAAGAUAUACAGCAAUGUCUACUGUGUUAGACUUCCAUCAUUACCGGUCUUGUGCAAACAGUUUUGUCAAAUAUCAGUCGGUCUUAAACAGAGAAAAACAAACAAAUAAUAUCGAAUAUCAUGGAAAAAACACUGGAAAUGUAUGUGCAGAUUUCAAACAGCAUGCGCAAAGUGGAAUGAAGGUUAUUGGUAAACAAAUCGAAAAAAAUGUUUUGGAAGUAAGAAAACAAUUGGGUAUUGCAUAUCAAUAAUCAUGAUGUUGAAAAUAUGUCAUUGUUAAAUCUUAAAUCACAAAUCCUAGUUUUAGUAUUAAUGUAUCCCUUUAAAUGCUUUUUCAUUGAUCAAUAGUGCUAAUGAAAAAGGGCAUAACAUCUAUGUUGUUUUUGUAUGCCAACAAUGUUAAAAAAUGCAUUUGUAAUUUAACACAGCUGCCCAUAUCUUUACUCUCUACCUGAUUUAGUGUGUAAAUCUGCAAAUUUUGCCAAAUCUGAAUCAAUCUCUCCAUAAGACACCGAUGAAUGUUAUUAAGACGAAACUAGCGUCCGGUGUACAUAACUAUUAGACUAGUAAUGUUGAUACGCUUUUACAUUUACUGGGUUGAUAACAUAUAUUACGGACGUUUCUUUGCCUAAUGUAUUACUAGCUCAGAGUCAGCUUGUAUGUGAUGACAUUAUGUAUCCAUUUUCUGUAAAAGUACUGUUCAUACAGGUGUAAUACCACCAUUGAUUUUCCCCUAUCAUUCUUUGUUAAAUCUGCACUUUUCAAAAAAUUGUGCAGAAUUUAUCUUUGUUUCAAAUAAAGAAAUACUUGGCAUGAGUAAAGUUUUAUCCUGUCCAGUACUAUAGACACGACUUCACAUAACAUUUCAUUGCACAUAAGAAAAUAACCAUCACUGGAAGUUAACCAAUCAAAUUUUCAACCCUUUUUUUUCCUGUGAACAAGCUUUAGUAACCAUGUAACCUCAAAUUUCCAAAAUAUUCUAUAGAAACACCAAAUAAAAAAAUAAUGGUGAAAAAUAAAAAAGGAAAGUCUCUUAUCAAAUGGCAAAAUCAAAAGCUCAAACACAUCAAUCGAAUGGAUAACAACUGUCAUAUUCCUGACUUGGUACAGGCAUUUUCGUAUGUAGAAAAUGGUUGAUAUACGUAUACAACAUUUUAAAGAACAUUUUACUCCUAACAACAACCAUAAUAGCCCUACAUGUAUUUCUCGUAUCAAACAUAAGCUAAAAGAACUCGCCAAGGAAUUUUUGUUUGUCCCGGCUGAUAAGGCUGCAAAUAGUAUCAUUAUUUUGACGUAAAUUUUACAUUGAGGUUCUGCAAAAGGAAAUCACGAAUUCACCAACAUGUCAACUGAUUUAAUUUUCGGAAAUGUACAAUGAAAGUUCCAACUAUGUACUGGCUUCCAAAGCUUCGCAACACACCUUACAAAUAUAGAUUUAUUUCGUCUUCAAGCAAUUGUUCCACUACUAAACUGUCUAUUCUACUUACUAGUACACUUGGUACAAUCAAAAACCUGGUAAUUAAUUGUUCAAAUAAGGCCUUUGAAAAUAGUGGAAUUAAAUACUUUUGGAGUGUCAAAAAUUCGUUGGAAGUACUUGAUAAAUUGCAUGCUUAUAUUGGUGAUUUCGAAUCUGUUCAAAGUUUUGAUUUUUCUACUCUAUAUACCACUUUGCUUCAUAAUCUUAUUAAGAAAAAAAUUACACAUCUAAUUUUAAUGAGCAUUUAAAAAGUCAGAAUGCAAAUAUAAAUGUUCAAACUCUUUUAGGUCAUUUUUUAGUAACAACAAACAAAAGAACUAUGUCAAUUGGACCUGCUUUGAUACUAUAACUGCCCUUGAUUUUUUACUAGAUAACAUUUUUGUUCGCUAUGGAGAUUCCGUAUAUCAUCAAGUUAUCGGAAUUUUAAUGGGGACUAACUGUGCACCACUUAUUGCGGACCUGUUUCUGUAUUGUUAUGAGUUACAAUUAAUGACUAAAAUCAGCAAAGACCCAUCGAAUCCACAUCUGAUACAAAAAUUUAAUAACACUUUUAGAUAUUUGGAUGAUAUAUUGACUCCCAGUAAUGACGACUUCAGUAUGUACACUAAAGAGAUUUAUCCUGCUGAACUGACUUUAAAUAAAGCUAAUACUAACAAUGAACACUGCCCUUUCCUGGAUCUUGAUAUCUAUAUCUUUAACGGGAAGCUUAUUACCAAAAUUUAGGAUAAAAGAGAUAAUUUUUCAUUCCCUAUUGUUAAUUAUUCAUUUUUAGACGGUGACGUUCCAUUGUCACCAUCUUAUAGUGUUUAUAUAUCUCAACUUGUUCGAUUCGCUCGUGUAUGUAAUAACGUAAUUGAUUUUAACGAAAGAAAUCUCUGUAUUACUGAAAAAAGGGUUUUCGAUAUCACAAACUAGUCAAAACAUUUACUAAAUUUUACCAUCGGUACAAGGACAUCAUUCGUAAAUAUAAAUCAAAAUGCAGACAUCUUAUACGUUCGGGUAUUUCACAUCCAAUCUUAUAUGAAAAUAUUCUUUACAAAGCAAAAAAAUGUCGGCAUUCACCUCAAAAGCUAACCAAACCUUUAAACAGACUUAUUCAGAAGGGAUAUAGGUACGAUACUGUUGUCAGGUCAUUAAAGAUGGUAUAUUUUGGUAUUAAUAUUGAUUCACUCAUAGGGUUUUUGCAUCGGAAAUAAACACAUUUAUUCUAAAAACAGUUGCUGGCAUGAUACAGGUUAUGUUCUUCUCAUAUAUUUUAUGAUGGUAUGAUAAUAAACCCCAAACGGGAGGGAUUGCGCUUUAUUUUCAUAUGAUGAAGACAUAAUCUUUCAAUGAGUUUAAUUGAGGUCUGGAGCUGGCAUGUCAGUAACUGCUAGUAGUCCUUUGUUAAUUUAUGUAUCAUUGUCAUUUUGCUUAGUUUCUUUUGUUACCUAUUCUGACAUCGGACUCGGAUUUUUUUAAAACUGAGUUUAACUGUACGUAUUGCUGUGUGUUUGUUUAAUCUACAUUGGCUAGAGGUAUAGGGGGAGGGUUGAGACCUCACUUACCAUGUUUAAACCCGCCGCAUUUUUGCGCCUGUCUCAAGUCAGGAGCCACUGGCCUUUGUUAGUCUUGUAUGUUUUUUAAUUUUAGUUCAUUUAUAUGUUUAGGAGUUUAUAGUAUGGCGUCCAUUUUCACAGAACUAGUACACAUUUUUGUUUAGGGGCAAGCUGAGGUCCGCCUCCGGGUGCGGGAUUUUCUUGCUGUGUUGAAGACCCAUUGGUGGCCUUCGGCUGUGUUUUUUACUCUUUGGUCGGGUUGAUGUCUCUUUGACACAUUCCCCAUUUCCAUUCUCUAUUUUAUUAAUUUCCUACAAAUGUCAAAUUCAAGGGAAUAUUUUUUUUUCGACCCUUUUUCGCAUGCAACCGGAUGUGACGUACUAUGAUUUGGUGGUAUUACAUCAACAAUGUUGAAAAUUUCGGGACAGACAUGUUUUUUUCUGCUACGAGGUAAAGAUUGUCUUAGCUUUUUUGCACUACUUUUUUUUUUAUUUUUCUGUUUUUAAUGCUCUCCCAUGCGUGUAGCAAAGUUUAUACCAAAACGCCCGGGCGUUCACAUGGAUCUUGGAAAAACGAAUUUAAGGAUGUAUUCUUCUGAUGUUUCAGUCUCGUUGAAAUCUUGUUCGGGAACUAUUUCCAAAGCAUGUGAUAUAAGUGGGAAAUAUCAAUGAAUUUAAAAGUAUUACAAUCAAACUUAACUCUGUGACAAAAUUGUGUACUUACAAUAAGGAAUUUUUGAGUAAUAACAUUUUCAAAUUUUAUAACCAAUUCGGUCAGUGUCAUCAGCCAAAAUGUUGAGAAAAUGGGUGAGAGAUACAAAGAAAUGAUUUACCAAAAAUAUAUUUAUCCCAUAUUUCUUUUUCUU